AUGGCUUCAAGGCCUAGACAUUACUUUCCGGUCAACAAGCCAUCCAGGCUGUUCUAUAGGUCGAUUUCGAGUUCCCUACCCUUAUUCACCAAAGAACAAGUAUAUCUCUUGAGCCGCACUAUCAACGCACCAGUCGAAGACGUCUAUAAUGUUGUGGCAGACAUUGCCAAGUACAAAGAAUUCAUAAAGUUUUGCACAGAUUCAUACGUGGCCAGACAUGACCCCACCUCCGGAAGACCCACCGAAGCCGGUUUAAGGGUUGGAUUUCAAAGUUAUGAUGAGUGUUUUGAUUGCCAAAUAAGUUGUCAACAAGACGCCAAUAAGCAUUAUCUGGUCGUGGCCAACUCACUGACUCAUAGUCUAUUUCAUGCAUUACAAACUAAAUGGGUAAUAAUGCCACACCCUUCGAGGAUAGCGGUUACGCAAGCCGAACUUCACUUAAAAUUUCAAUUUAGACGAAGUCUAUACAACAAUGUAGCGUCUAUUUUCGGGAAAAGCGUUACGGAGCAUGUAAUGAAAUCUUUCGAGAGACGCAUUUUUAUGCUAAGACGACAAAGAUUGGGAAAGAAAACCAUUCAGUCGACACAGGGCCCUGUAUAG